AUGUCACGACGAAGCGAUCGUCCUCACAGACAUAGCCGCUCCAGCAGGUCCCAGCAGUACGAUAUACCCAUUGAUCCAAGUCUCACUGAAGCCACAUACCCUGAGAACUCUGAGGCUCAAAGCUACGGCUCCUACACCCAGGCUGGUCCAACAGUUACGAGCGAACCAGAGGCUCAGGACACAGGCCAAAUGGAGUAUUAUAUGAUGCAGCAGCCGGCAACGGUGAACCCUAAUGAGGUUUUACUUGACCGAGGACCUGUCUAUGCAGCUCAAAGUUAUCCCAGCUCUGCUUACCAAAUUGCUAGCUAUGCCGAGCCAGUUGCCUCUUCGUCAACAGCACAAGGCCACAAUGACAACUACUGCUCAAAAUGCAGGCAUUCCUACGACUCAGCUCGAGACUUCAACAAGCACAUGAAGACUCACAACAAACCCGUGAAAUGCGAAGCCAGUCCGAACUGCAAUGUCACAAAGGCAGAACAGCGAGACAUGGAUCGUCACUACCAAACAUCUCAUAAAACCUAUGCAGCAAGCAAGAACAUCUUGACUGAAGAAGUAGGCUGUGGCUUUGAAGGAUGUACUUCGACGUUUACGAGGAGGGACAAUCUUCGUAAGCAUUGGAAGAAAUACCACGGCUAUGAGCCUACCAAGUAG